AUACUUUUUUUUUUCCGAUCCUUCACUGUUGCUGUUCACGUCGUCGGCGUUCCGUUAAAAUUUCUACCGAUCAAUUUCCAUUCCUUUGCGUUACAAUUUCUAACUUCAAUGGAUCCUCCUUGUAAUUGUGCUGAAACUGGUGACUGCCAAUGUCCUUCUAACUGUGCCUGCACCAAUUGUAAAUGCGCACCUAACUGCAGACUCUGUGGUGGGAAAACAUGCAAAUGCGCUGAAAAUAUCAGUAGCUGCGUCUGCACAACUUGCAUAUGUACUGAUUGCAAGUGUCCUAAAGGAUGCAAGAACUAA